ACAUUACCUGAAUUGGGAGCAAUAUGAAAUAACCGUUUUCGAUUUUUCAUUAUUUACCUGGUAAUUGAGCGACUAUUUUUACUAUUUCUGGUUCUUUUCCACAAAUCAAUAACCUUUUCAAUCAUUUCAGGUAUUGAAGAAGUCUUGUGUAGAACGUUUUGCAAUUGAGGAAAAAUAUGGAAAAACGGAGUUUAUGGACUGUCCUCCAAAACCUACGAUGGAAACAAACAGCGAGAACAGUCAACGAAUCCAGCAUCCCUCUGAGGAGCAGCCAGAGAAGAAUAACCAUUCAAAGAAAUACCUCUUCCCACGAAGAUGAAUUCAUCGAUUGCGGUCCCUCUCCACCAGUAGACCAAACUCCUUUCGUCUACGACAAUUUUGAUGAAGUCGAAACCGGCACUGUUGUUAAAAUGUGCUACAACACCAUCGAAGGUAAUCUCAUCGAUCACAUGAAGAUGGGAUCCGGAAGAACACAACUGCUAGAGGGGAUUCAGAACAGAACAAUUCACCAGGAUAAUUUCCUAGAUUGUUUCAGAGGCGCCAGCCAGGUUGAAAUCAAUGUCAGCUUUCUCUGGGCGUCUUUCUCGAUGCGUUGGGACAUUCUGGAACAACUAGUGAGUUUGGGAGCCCAGUUGAACUAUUACGAACCAGCCCAAGGACUGGGAGCUCUACAUCUAGCAGCGUUUAGUGGUUGCAUUCCCGGAACUCAGUUCUUGAUCAACAGAGGUUGCAACGUCAAUGCUCUAUUCAAGUGCUACACCCCUCUCCACUGCGCUGCAUUUGGUGAUAGCCCUGAUACAGCCCUCAUACUCCUUCACAAAGGGGCUAGGUUAGCGGAUUUAACAAACAGUCCUUACGAGCCCAAAGAAAGCGCUCUUCAUUGUGCAAUUAGAGCAAACGCUGUGUCAUGCGUGAGGGUACUAGUGAAUGAAGAAGCCGAUGUGAAACAAAUGGAAUUCUCCGGCUCUGCACCUCUACAUCUGGCGGCUGACCUUGGCAACACUGAGUGCCUCCAGAUACUACUGGAAGUGAAAGGCAUUGAUGUCAAUAUCAGAAGUCCAGAAAAACAGCAGACACCCCUACACCUAGCCUCCAUGAGAGGCUAUGGCGACUGUGUGGAUUUAUUACUCAGAAAGGGUGCCAAUCCUAAUGCGAAGAACCACAUGGGACAAAGUCCUCUUCAUUUUGCUGCUAGGACUCAGGACUUCAUGUGCGUGGAGCUACUGCUGAAGAAAGGGUACGCAAAUCCCAAUACAGAAGAUUACGACAAGAGAACUCCUCUGCAUGCAGCCGUGGCUAAGUCAACUCGAUCUAGCGAUAUUAUCGAGAGCCUAGUAUCUUGCGGUGGGAAGGUUAACGUAAAGGAUCAGUACGGGUACACACCUCUCCAUAUUGCUGCUCUGAAAGGACUAGCUGAGUGUGUGGAAACCUUGAUAUACCACGGAGCAGAUGUAACCGCCAAGUCAAAGUCCGGGGUCACUGCGCUGAACAUCAUUACCAAAAAGGUACCAGCUUCGUUUUCCAUGUUCACAAAGAAGUUGGAUUCCGCCAUAAGCUUGCACCAUAAAGAAUCAUCCAAUCAAGAACUAGAGCUCAGGCUGGACUUCGCGGUUAUCCUGAAGUACUGUUACCCAAGAGAAAUUAACUUCUUGGACACCCUCAUCGAUGAAGGCUAUAAGAAAGUACUGCUACAUCCCCUGUGCUCUGCUUUGCUACACCUCAAAUGGGAGAAGAUCAGAAAAUACUAUCUUGCAAGAAUUAUGUUCUCCUGCAUAUUCGUCCUCAGCUUGUCACUGUAUGUACUCACGGCCCUGGCUCAUCACUGUUAUAACUACGGAAAAAACUUCGCGGAAAUGGACGCAGAGGAACUGAUAGAUCUUUGUGAGAAGAGCUCGAUAAUGGGCAAGCUCCUCAGAGAUAACCCCUUUGCUUUCGAGAUGCAGUGGUUUGUAUUGGUUGGCAUAACUAUAUGUGAGAUUUUCAGAAAGCUUUAUGGUAUUAGCGGCUAUCACUCCGUGAGGCAGUAUUUUUCCUACUCGGAAAAUAUCAUUGAAUGGUUUGUUAUUGCGAGUGUAUUUGUGAUCUCUUUCAUAUACACUGGCAGAACAUACACUUGGCAGAACCACGUUGGAGCCUUCGCUGUGCUGCUUGGUUGGACAAAUCUGAUGCUCAUGGUAGGCCAGUUGCCUUCACUAGGCUCUUACGUCGCUAUGUAUACCAGAGUGCAAAGCGAAUUCGCCAAGCUGCUUUUAGCUUACUCUGGAUUGUUGAUCGGGUUCACCUUGACUUUCUGCGUUAUAUUUCCCGACUCAGAUAACUUCGCGAAUCCGUUCAUUUCCCUGGUGACUAUAAUAGUGAUGCUUUCCGGGGAGCUCAAUCUCGAUAUCCUCGUCGAACCGAACCCUGAGAGUCCACACUUUCUUCUGGAAAUCAGCGCCCAAGUCACUUACGUCAUAUUCGUUUUCUCUGCUACCAUUAUUUUGAUGAAUCUACUCGUGGGCAUAGCUGUUGAUGACAUCAAAGGUCUGCAAAAGACUGCUACCUUGUGCAAACUCGUUCGCCAAACCAAGUUAAUCUCUCAAAUCGAGCUCGGUCUGUUCAACGGAAACCUACCGAGAUAUCUCAUCAAACUCUUGCGUUGGACUGCUUUGGUGUCACCACAGCCCUCCAAAGUUGUGUUGAACCUGAAACCUUUGAAUCCGUUGGAGAAACGGCUCCCAAAGGAGAUCAUGAGGGCGGCAUUUCAUGUAGCGGAAAAAUAUGGUCCGUUUCACCACUAUCUUCAUACUCUGAAUGAUGGAUUGAACUACUAUUGGAUCAAUCAAGAUUUAAAUGGACAGGAUAAGAGCGAGACUGCUGUUCAGUUAGCGCUGCUACAAGAAGAGGUGAAAAUGCGAAAUGAGAAGAUAGAUGUGCUUACUAGAACAGUUGCUGAUAUGAAAGCUACUUUCAAAGAAAACCAAGAGACUCUGGAGGCGAUUUUGAGAGCUCUUGUGCAAACUAGAAAAGGUAGCAGGUUUUGAUGUACCGUCUAUUCGGAAGGUAUAUUAAAGGUUUUUGGGUACUU